CCGUGUUUUUCUCUCCAACCCCUCCUACUCUUCCAAAGGGUUUUAUCCUCUCUCACGGUUACUUUUUUGGACCGCAAAAAUUAAUCUCCAAUGGCACUCUCUUUUCUUAGCCCUGUUUCUCUAUAUGCUCACUAUCUCCGUUCCUGCUUCACCUCCGCCGGCCUUUCACGACACUCCGUUGACAUCGACACCGAAACGACAAUCCACCUUUGGGCUCCCAGUUCAAAUCAAACCUCCACCGCAAACAAACCAUCUCUAGUCUUCAUCCAUGGCUUCGGUCCUGUCGCUCUCUGGCAAUGGCGGAGACAGGUUCAGUUUUUUUGGCCGCACUUUAAUAUUUACGUGCCUGACCUAAUCUUUUUCGGGGAAUCAACGACCAAGUCAUCGGAGAGAUCAGAGAUCUUUCAGGCAAAGUCCGUCGCGAAAUGUCUUGAAAAAUUAGGAGUAGAAAAGUAUUCUGUAGUUGGCACCAGCUACGGCGGGUUUGUGGCGUACCACAUGGCCAGAAUGUGGCCGGAGAAGGUAGAGAAAGUUGUAAUAGCGAGCUCCGGUGUUAACAUGAAGAGAAGUGAUAACGAAGAGUUGGUCAGAAAGUCAAAGUUGGAAAAUAUUGGCGAUCUUAUGUUGCCAAAAGAGGCGUCGGAGUUGAGAUCUUUGCUUGGCCUCACCGUCAACUGGCGUCUCAAUAUGAUUCCUGAUAUUUUCUUGAAUGACUUCAUUCAUAAAUUGUACUCAGAAAACAGGAGCAAGAAGAUGGAACUCCUAAAGGGAUUAUCAUUUGGACACGAUGAAACAGUAAAUAUUUCUCCACUCCAACAGGAUGUGCUGUUGGUAUGGGGAGAACAUGACGAGAUAUUCCCCUUCAAAAUGGCAAUUGAACUCAAAGGGUUGAUUGGGAAGAAGGUGAAGUUGGAAUCAAUAAAGAAUGCAGCUCAUGUACCUCAAAUUGAAAGAUCAAAGAAAUUCAACUACAUUGUCAAUGGUUUCUUGCGUGGUUCUUCAUGAUAUAUAGAUGUUUACUGCUCUACAUACAAAAGAAUAUGGGGGGACCUUUUUUAUAAUUAAUAGACUAGCUAGGGCUUCUUCUCUAGCUUCAGUUCAGUUAUACUUAUACAUUACUUAUCAUCUUUACUCAUAGAGGCCCAAGGACUGUGUAUGUAGACUUUGUAUGCAAUGCAAGCUUUUCCCCUCUAUUAAUUUAUCCCUUUUAGUAUCAAGAAGGAAAUGAUUUUAUUAACUAAGAUAUUAAUGUAUAUAUAUGAAUUUCCUCCAUUUUACA